AUGCCGACUCCCCUAGACCGAGCUCUCAAGUCUCAACUAAUUGAAAUGCCAGGAUUCGCCGGCAUGGUGACAGCAGUGGCCGCCUGGUCCAUCUGGGGAAGCGACGAUUGGACCGAGGAUGAACUCAGGCGAUGGCUACGCAACAGAAAUCUCUUGCCCAAUGAAAGCGCAACGCGCGAUGAAUUGCUGGAGCGAGUCAGGGCGAACUUGCGUGUCUCACGCAGAACCAAAUCGCCGGCGUCACAAUCGUGA